ACAAGAGCUGUAUUAUAUAUGAAAUGGGGUGAGUACUAUGUGAACAUCUUACAUUUGUUUACAGAGUGAGUAUUAGAAUCUGGGUUGUAAGAGCUGUAUGGAAUAGAAUUUCCGGUUGUAGAAACUGGUGACAUCGGGCCAGCAGCUUUGCUUUGUCUGCAGGCGUAGACAGGAUUCUUAGACGGGACACACGAGGGCGGCAUGCACAUCCGUAAGUACGUCCCCGCUUUGUCUCCUGGCUGCAGAUCGAGCCUAUAUAAACUCCUCGAACCAGCAAAGCACACACAGACAGAGGGCAAGCUAGCUGAUAAACAAGCACACAGGAAAAGAGCUCAAUCCCCGCCAUGGCAGGCACCACCAAGGUCGCAGUGGUUUUUGCCAUUGUUGUUGUUUUUCUGCAGGUGACGUGCUCCGUUUCUGGGCGGCCCACUGUUAGGGAAGGCAAGUUUGAACUUCGACAGAACGUCCCGGCGAUAAUGACGGUGAACGGCUUCCAGCAAGGGGAGCCGGGCGGCGGGCCGUCGUCGUGCGACGGUCAGUUCCACAGCGACGAUGAGUUCGUGGUGUCGCUCUCGUCGGAGUGGUACGCCGACGGGGCCCGGUGCGGCAAGUUGAUCCGCAUCGCCGACGACGCCAACCUUCACAUAAGCGCCAGGGUCGUCGACGAGUGCGCCGGCUGCGACAACGAGGUCGGCGCGUCGAUGCAUAUCUGGAAGAACUUCAAUCUUGACCCCAGUGUCGGGCAGGUGGACAUCAAAUGGUCCGACGUGCCGGACGAAGCCUAACUCAAACGGACACUUAAACAUGCAUGCAUGCAUGCAUCCAUGGUGUCAGUCCAUCGGUGGAUCGAGUUAUUUGCUUUCAAGUCUGUAUUUGCAGCUGGGGUAUGCCUCAGUCCCUUAAUGUCUCAGCGUUGUUACUCUUUGCCCGGCCGUCUUCGGAGCAGAGUAGGUAGUACGUAUAGCUGAAUAAUAAUGUAAUAAACUACUCCCUCCAUGGAGCCCUGUAAUAAACUACUCCCUUCGUGGAGCCCUGUAAUACCACAUGUCUGACCAGUCCCGCACACCGUAAAU